AUGGCCUCAAUUCUAGCUCCCGGCCGGGGCAUGGCCCUGAGCAAGGCCUUUUCCGCGGCCGCAGCCUCGCCCUCCUCGUUACCCUCAAUACUACCCGCCUCGACGACGACGACGAUUGCCUCCCCGAGCAGAUUCGCUUCUGCGCGACGACAGUUCUCAACGACGCAAGGCCGACCGUCAAAACUGGGCAUCACGCCGCUUUCCAUCCCGCCGGGCGUGGAGGUUGUCAUGGGAGAGCCAAAGGCGUUCCGAUCGGCGACGUCGUAUAAGCCGGUUGUGAAGAAGAAGAUUACCGUAAAGGGACCAUUGGGAACUCUGAACAUGGAUGUGCCCGAGUUUGUGGACCUGGUUCAGAACGCCGAAGAAAAGACUGCGACGCUCAGCGUGAGAGACCCGAAUGCGAAAGAGCAGAAAGAAAUGUGGGGAACAUCAUGGUCCUACCUCAGCAACCACAUCACCGGCGUCUCCGAAGGCCACACAGCCAUCCUUCGCCUCGUCGGCGUCGGCUACCGUGCCAGCGUCGAGCAGCGCGGCGCAAAGGAGCAGUACCCGGGCCAAAAAUUCCUUUGCCUGAAGCUCGGCUUCACACACCCCGUCGAAGUGGGCAUUCCCAAAGGCGUGACGGUGACGACCCCGUCACUGACGCGCAUCCUGCUCGAGGGCCCUAAUCGGGAGGUGCUCAUGAGCUUUGCGGGCGUGGUGAGGAAUUGGAGGAAGCCGGAGCCGUAUAAGGGCAAGGGAGUGUUUAUUAACGACGAGACGAUUAAGCUGAAGCAGAAGAAGAUUAAAUAA